UUUUUUAAAUUUCAAUCUUUAAAAUUUUCUAAAAUGAAUCUUUGGAAACGAGAUGAGCCUAAGAUUGAUGAAAAAUCAUGGUUAUUUGACUCAUCCUCCUCUUUAUCAAAAUUAUCAACAAUUUCUAAACAAAAUCCUAGUGCCUAUGGAACAUGCCGUGAUGGAAUGUUAAAUGAUCAAGAAGUUGAUAAAGGUGUUAGAAUUUUUUAUUUAUUGAUAUUUUGGAGUAAAUUGAAUGUAGAAGGUUAUCCUAGAUUUGAGUCACAGAGAUAUCUCACGAUUUACCCAACCCCCCCCCCUCCUCUGAAAUCCGGUCCUAGAAGUCUUCCAAACUUUUUCCCUCUUAAUCCCCCCAACUGACUAGAAUUUAAUUUUUAUAAUUUCCAAAGCUUCUUAAACUUCUUAAAUUUCCUGUUUUCAAUUAUAAAAUAUUUUUUUUUAAUUGAUUCAAUUUAAAAUUGAAUGAUUAAAUUUUCAAUCUUUGGUUAAAAAUUGCUUUGUUUUUGUGCAAUUUUGAAAUUUUUAAAUUAUUUUUUUGUUUGUUUUGUAAAAAGAGUGUGUGGGUAAGUUCCGCUGAGAGAUCAAGUGCGCCCAAAAUUUUUAUUGGAUUUCGGGAGAGAGAGGAAGGAAAACUGGUUAUUUGCAUUACGUGGGCCCUUUUUUCAAUUACUAAAAAAUAAAAAAAAAUUUUUAUUUGUUUGUCUUUUUCCAG